AUGAUGCCUUACCUAGAGUUGACAGCGGCCGAAAGUCCGACAACCAUUAGCCAAAGUAAUAAAUAGUCCUGUCGGCGCAAAGCGUAAUAUGUUCUCAUACCGGGUCAUUCGCCACCGGACUUGCCUUCUACCGACGAUGAAGGUAGCUUGUUCGGAACAAAACUGUAGCCCCACACUUUCUACCCGGAGGAAGACUCAACUUACCUCUACCUUCCAUCUUUGCCACGCAUCUUCAUCCUCCUUGCGUGGUCAUUAUCAUACUCCAAACAAUACCUUGCUUCUCUAGUCAGGAUCCUCGACAAUGGCGGCGGAGCAUUCCGAUGUGCCUACUAAACAUAAAGCUGCGGUGUUUGACGUACCCGGUCAUAUCUCGACAAAGGUUCUGGAACUCAAAACGCCAUCUCCAGGGUCUGGCGAUGUGUUGGUGAAGCUCACUCACUCGGGCGUUUGCCAUUCCGACUAUGGAAUCAUGACCAACUCACCAACAUAUCCCUUCCCCUGUCCGAAAGAACAAAUUGGCGGCCAUGAAGGCGUGGGCAUCGUUGUCCAGCUUGGCCCUGAUACUGGAAGCAGCGGUGUCAAAGUUGGUGACCGAGUAGGCAUCAAGUGGAUCUCAUAUUUCUGUGGCGUAUGCCAGCCUUGCAGGGACGGUGCGCCCACACACUGUGAAAAGGGCAAGGCCAGCGGGUACUACUACCCGGGAACAUUUCAGCAGUACGCUAUUACAUCCGCACGGUGCUUGACCCAGAUCCCCGAAGGAGUGGACAGUGCUGAUGCUGCACCCAUGCUGUGCGCCGGCUUGACGGUGUACAGUGCCUUGAAGAAGAGCAGGGCAGGCAAAGGGGACUGGAUGGUCGUCAUGGGUGCCGGUGGCGGGCUGGGCCAUCUCGCCUGCCAGAUCGCGAGCAACGGAAUGGGCAUGAGAGUAGUAGGCAUUGACGCUGUGAAUAAGCAAGACGUGGUCAAGAAGAGUGGUGCUGAGGUCUUUCUCAGCUUGAAAGAUGACAAAACAAUUACAGAAGAGGUCAUUAAAGCUACCGGCGGCGGCGCCAGAGGAGUCUUGGUCUGUGCGGCUGCUAACCAGGCAUAUGCGCAGGCCCUGGGGUUCUUGAAACACGGUGGAUCUUUGGUUGCUAUUGGCAUUCCUGAGGUUUUGGAGCCAAUUCGGGAAUCAGUACCCGUCAACAUCAUCGCCAAACAGCUCAGUAUUGUCGGCUCCUCGGUUGGGACGCAGGAGGAAGCCAUCGAAGUCUUAGAUCUGGUUGCGAAAGGGAUUGUCAAGGUUCACUAUCGACUCGAGCUCAUGGAAAACCUGACCCAGGUGUUUGAAGAAAUGCAUUCUGGUCGUCUCGCAGGAAGGAUCGUCUUGGACCUGCAAGCCUGAAGCUCGAGACGACUAUCGGUCCCAUGCACGAAAGAAACGUCCAUUUAUGAUGUUAGAUCACAUUGAAGUUCUUCCUGACUGGCGAGGUCGAGGUCAUGGUCGUGGUCGUAACGGCUUGUCCACGUAAUGAUCUCCUUAACAACUUCUUGUGCCGGGGUUUACGAUAAG